AUGCCAAAGGGCUCUCCAAACGUAUCUACCAAAGAUGCCACCUCUUCUCUUCUGACGGCGAUCCAUGUGCUUUCGACGGAGCGCGCGGCGUUGGCUCACCUCGAGCGACUCUACCAGACCGACGGCCUUGCGCAGGAGAACCUCGUGCGCGCGGUGGAUAAGAUCGUGCGGACUAUACAGAAUGGGGGGAAGCUGGUGUUUUGUGGUGUCGGGAAGAGCGGGAAGAUUGCGAGGAAGAUCGAGGCGACGAUGAAUAGCUUGGGCAUUUUUAGUAUGUUCUUACACCCGACGGAGGCGCUGCAUGGGGAUUUGGGGGUUAUUCGUGAGAACGAUACCCUGCUGUUGAUUUCAUUCUCUGGUCGCACCAAGGAACUCCUGCUGUUCCUCCCUCAUAUCCCUCCCACGGUCCCCAUUAUCGCAAUUACUUCGCAUACGCACCCGUCAACCUGUCCGCUCGUCUCAUUCCAGUCUCCGGACAUGGCGAUAUCCCUCCCUGCUCCGAUCCACGAAGACGAAGAGUCCUCCUUUGGCCUUAGUGCCCCGACCUCGUCUACAACUGUGGCCUUAGCGCUGGGUGAUGCCCUAGCCCUGGCAACGGCGCAGCGACUGCAUAAACCCCCAGAUCGCGGCCCUGCGGAAGUCUUCAAAAGUUUCCAUCCUGGUGGUGCCAUUGGCGCGGCGACCGCGGCGAUGACUCCUAUGAGCAUGUUGUCUACGUCUCCGUUGACUUCCACGCCGUCGGAUUAUCUGCAGUCUCGCCCGUCGGAUGAUGGCUCGCAGACGCAGCAGAAGCAAGAUGUCAUUUCGAAUCGCUUCGUUCCUCUGAAUAAGAUACCCACUGUCUCUACCACUCUCGGCCAUGAGACCCGCCUCCUCGACAUCCUUUUAGCCGCCGUUCAAAACCCAGAUGCCAAAUCUUGGGUCUCUAUCUCACACUAUACGUCCUCUACUACCUCCUUUACCUCCCUCAUCACACCUCGUCACCUCCACUCCCUCACAACCACUCACAACGUGGACAUGGCUCUCUCCGCAAUCUCCGCCUCUGGCAUCUCCGUCUCCGUCCCGCAGGACCAGUUCCUCUGCGUUCCAGCUUCAAGUCCUGUCGAUGAAGUGUGCAAACUCGUCAGCCAGAGCGAUCGGGUCUCAGUGAUCGCUGGAGUCGACGAGACAAACCCGGAAGUAAUUCUGGGAGUCUUGGAGGCGGAGGAGUUGUGGAGUGAGUGUCAUUGA